AUGAACUCAGUGGGAGAAGAACUGAGGAUGAAGGAUGCCAAACAGUUACGUGGAUCACAUCGAGAGCCUGUCAAGACGUUUCAGGGUCAUGAUAAAAGCGUCAUUUCAAUAGCAACUUUUCCGGAUGGCAAGAGAAUAGCGACUGGGUCCUACGACAAGACAAUACGGAUAUGGAGGCUUGAGGACGGCAAGGAGAUGAUGAAGUGGGUGGUGAAGCAGGUGGUUGGCGCACUUGUGGUCUUGGGAAACGGGAAACAAGUUGUCAGUGCCGAGGGAGAGGACCCAAGAAGCGAUCCUAAAAAAGGUUUUCAAGACGACGAUGUCGAUAAAGUGGCGUAUUGGCAGUUAUGGGUACGUGAUGUUGAGAGUGGGAGGAUCGUCGCAGGUCCCUUGGAAGGUCACACCAACGCUGUGUUUACUUUGGACAUUUCCCCUGACGGUGAGAUAUUGGCCAGCGGGUCAUAUGAUCGCACAGUGAUUUUAUGGGACACGACUACCUGGCAGAGGAAAGGUCAUCCUCUUGCGUGCGGAUCACCCAUCAAUUGCAUCCGAUUUUCUCCGACCGGUCAACUCGGCGUUGCUACCGCGAAAGAUAUCCAAGUAUGGGACUUGGAACCAAGGAAGCGUCUUGCUCAAUUCAACGGCCACAGCGACUUUAACAAUGCAUCGAACUGCUCGCUCACCUGGAGUCGUGAUGACGCACAUCUCUUAUCAGCCGGUAGUGAAAGUGAUGCUGUCAUUCGCUGUUGGAACACAUCCGCCUCGAAACAGGCUGGUGAUCCUUGGAUUGGCCAUGACAAAAAUAAACCCAUCUUCCACAUCUUCCCCACAGGCACAGAAGUCGCCCGAUUUGAGCACUCAUAUCUGGUGUUUCGUGUUGCAUUCUCGGUGGAUGGACGCUCCAUAUUCAGUGGCGGCAAGGACAACAAAAUCUCGCAAUGGGAAAUACCUGAGGAUGUCCUCGCUGCAUCAGAAAGUGUUUCUCUGGCCAGCGUGAAGAACGAGGCUAAAACUCGGCACAACUCCCCAUCUUCAUACCUUGACGCUGAUGCUACCGGGGGCGAUGGCAUCAUCGAGGAGGGGAAUGAUCAUCCAUACAACAACUUCUUCCAGUCUUCGCAUCAAUCUCUUCCAUCGGUAUCCCCUGGCUCCCAUCUCCCCCACCUAUUUUCAGCUCGCCGCUUCUUCAAGGUCUUCUCUCGCCCUCACCCACCGGCAGAUGAGUCUGUUCCAAAAGAACGCUCGAAGCGCAAGUUCUUCACUCAUCGUGCUCGCUCAAACGCAUCCCUGGAGCUCGCAACCAUGAUAGGCAAUCCACCAGUACAAGAAGGCAAACUGGGAGAAGGCAAAGGCGAGCAAGGUGACAAUGAUUGCGGUUCUGUGAAUGAUCCGCUCGGCGCCAGAAAGAAUAAAGGCAAACGGCGAGACGAACCCCCCACCGACGCGCAGAACCCACUGCCUGAUUAUUCCAGUCACACCGACGACCUCGAUAGCAAGGACAAUCGAAACCUUUGGAUAAGGAUGACGCAUGCUCGAGGAAAGGACCCCUCCGACACCAACAUUGCUCCAGCAAUGAAACGUCCCGAGGUCGUCGAGGUAUAUGCUGUGCGCGGGUUCCAGAGAUAUGUUGCAAUGCCGCGGGUACGCAAGACACAGCCAUCAGCGGUGACGGGUGGUAUUCCUCACUUAGGUGCCAGCUCGUCACAGCCGGGAUCAUCUUCCCAAGUAGUCUCUGUACAGGCAGGGCCAUCAUCGCACACUGUGGUCGCCAAUGGACCUCAAAUUUUGCAAGUUACUGGGCGUCCAUCAUCGCAUGUAUCCCCAUCGCACGUCGUAGCCGUCAAUGCAGCUCAAUAUUCGCAAGCUAUUGGAGGUUCAUCAUCGCACGCGUUCCCAUCGCACUUCGUGACCAACCACCACACCAAUCACGACUCAGAUUCACACACGACAAUUGAAGGUUCCUUCAACAGGUUUCUGGAACGGGGAAACCCACACAAUUUCGACCUUAGCAUCAAGCACUACUCUGAAGCGCUCCAAUUUAGCCCAGCAGAGUAUCGUCUGCCGUCGUUGCUUCACAAUUUCGCUUCAUCUCCAUGGGUGCACGUUGCUGAGAGUGGGAAGGUCAUCAGAGCUCCAUUGGAUGGUCACACCAGCGUGGUGAUCACUUCAGACAUUCGUCCCGACAGCAAUAUGCUAGCCAGCGGGUCAUGGAACUAA